UCACAUAACGCCUGGGAGCCAAGAUGGCGUCUACGAAAACAACAACACCGCUGUUAUUAUUUUGCCUGGCAUCUUUUUCAAUUAAAAUCACCUCCGCCAGACUUUUACCUGAGCCUUGUUACAAACCUCCUGUGACAAGGUCGGACUCUGUCAGGACACGGCCUCGCCCACACGAGUAUGUGAAGGCGUCCGACCUUCCUCCGUCCUGGGACUGGAGGAACAUCGCGGGGAAGAACUAUGUGAGCGUCACACGGAACCAGCACAUCCCCCAGUACUGCGGGUCCUGCUGGGCCAUGGGAGCCACCAGUGCGCUAGCUGACCGUAUAAACAUCAAGCGUGGAGGAGCGUGGCCGUCGGCCUACCUGUCGGUGCAGAACGUGAUAGACUGCGGCGGGGCGGGCUCUUGUUACGGAGGAGAUCACCUGAGAGUCUACGCCUACGCACACAGGAGAGGCAUUCCCGACGAAACCUGCAACAACUACCAAGCCAAAAACCAAAAGUGUGAGCAGUUCAACCAGUGCGGCACGUGCUCCUUCUUUCAGUCGUGUGCUGUCGUGAAGAACUACACCGUGUGGAAAGUGGGCGACUACGGAGAAGUUUCGGGGAGAGACGAGAUGAAAGCUGAAAUUUACACCAACGGGCCCAUCAGCUGUGCCCUGAUGGCCACCGACGGCCUGGAGGGAUACUCCGGAGGAGUCUUCUCAGAGUUUCACCCGCUGUCUUUGCCCAAUCACAUCGUGUCUGUGGCUGGUUGGGGCUUGGCAGAGGACGGGACCGAGUACUGGAUCGUCAGGAACUCCUGGGGAGAGUUUUGGGGAGAACAUGGCUGGGCAAGAAUAGUCACCAGUGCCUAUAAAGGAGGAAAAGGCAACUGGUUCAACCUGGGUGUUGAGAAGAACUGUGCAUAUGGAGACCUGUUGUAACGUACAUUAAACUGCCCGAGGUGAUGGAGGCUUUUUUUUUUUUUUUUUUUUUUACAAAUUAAAGGAGUAGUUCAACAUUUUAGGAGCAAAGUUUAUUUAACUUAGAAAGUCAAAUUGUAAAAAAAGACAAUUUACUCUUCUAUUGUUUGGAUGUGAGCAGUAACCUCCACUGGUUGCCAGGCAACUGGUUCAGGCCAAGAAAUUGUUUGGCAUACAACCGAAACGUGUCAUCUUUACACUUUGUUUUUUUUUUAUGGAAUAAAUAAACUAGACAUAACAUUUAAUUAGUGAGCUUUAGAGGUUCUGGUAAGUGGAUUUUAUUAUGUUUUGUUACGACUGAGGAAGACGAGUUGUGUUUCCCCCUCUGUCCAGUGUUUAUUGGUUUAUGGUGAGCUACGCUAACGAGCAUAGUGCUACGCGUUUACCUCUCAGACGUGAGAGUGGCAUCGAAGGAGGAAAGAUUAGCUCCAUUUUGAUGUCCACUGAUGUAUUAAACCUGUAAUAAUGCAUUCAUUUUUCAUAAUUCAUGGAAACACAUGUAGAAUCUUGUUAGUACAGAUUUUAGUUUUGUUUUUUUAAUAUAUUUUUUAUUUGCUUUUUAAUGGAUAACAGCUGUAAAGUGACAGAAAAGUGAGAGAAACACACGAAAAAAAGGCCACAGGUUGAACCCAUGGCUGCUGCAGCAAGGACUCAUGGGACAUGGGGCACCAGCUCUACCAGAUGAGCUACCAGGGUGCCCAGUUAUUGCAGAUUUAUACAUUUUGUUAGACUAAUAAAUGCAACUUUAGAGCUACCUUCAUGAAUCUUACAAACUUAACCACUGAAUUUACAUAAAUAUCCUGACACAACAUCAAGAUUCAGGCCUGGAAAUCCAAAGUGGACAGAUAACCUGCUCCUGAAUGCAGCUUAAGCUCCAAAUAACUCUCAGAAAAAACCCUGCAGGUUCUUCAGUUCAGAUCCAUUAUCACGUUUCUAAGGAAACUAUUUAUUCCUUCAAAUGACAGGCGAGCUGAGUCACUCACAUUUAAAUUCACCUGUGAUUAAACGUUAGUGGGGAGAUUACAGAUAUAUUGUUCUUUCAUAACAUCUGCACAGCACAACAACAGCUUCUGAGCGAGUGUCCGAAGGAUUUAACCUCAAACCUGGUUGGAUUCAGUAUCACGGAGAUCCAGCAGCUACAGUAACCGGCUCGCUUAUAGCAAACCGGGGGGGGACUUACUUCUUAUGCAAACCUGACGCAUAUGGAAAUGUCCUCUUUAUCGCCUUAGUUUGUUAUGAUAAUGAAUCUGCAGAUUUUUAGAAGAAAAGGGGGCCUUUAGAGGACACCGAGGUCACGUCCUGCUCCACAUCCUUCAAAAUGAAAACAACCACUCUGGAUAUUUAAUAGUUCAUGGCAUUAUUUUUAGACUCUUUCAUUAUAGUUGCUUGUAGCACGAAGAUCUAAAUGCUGUUUCAAAGCCUUCUUCAUCAUAUCAGGAGUGAUAUUCUGGUGGAGAAAUAUUAGAUUUUUAAAAUAUAUUAGAUGAAGUUAGAGACGCUUUAAGGCUGGUGAUGUUAUUUUUUUUUUUUUUGUCAACAAAUCCAGUGAAAAGACCAAACAAUUAAUUGUUCUGAGUAUCUUUUAUGUAUCCUGGUGUGUCUUAUUCCUCUGUGUCACAGAGCUCCACUGUUAUAACUAUUAAAAACACAUCAAUGAGCCACA